UAAGAUGGCCGCCGCCGACUUCCUUCAUACCAGGAAGAAGGCUCUCCUCCAGCUUUAGGAAGCACUCUGUUUCCGGGUUUGGUGCCCAGUGUAAUGGCUGAGCCCGUGUCCGAGGAGCGGAUCCAACAUGAGUUUGCCCCUCAAGCCGAGGUGGAGGUUGCGGCCAGGGCCAUGGAGUCCUUCGCCCGGAGUCACGGCUCCCAGGGGCACAGGGUGGUGCUGAUCACCUCGGGCGGCACCAAAGUCCCCUUGGAGUCCCGCACGGUGCGGUUCCUUGAUAACUUCAGCAGCGGGCGGCGAGGAGCGGCCUCUGCCGAGUAUUUCUUAAAGGCCGGGUAUGCAGUCAUUUUCCUGCACCGCCACCGCUCCAUGUACCCGUACAGCCGCAGGUAUACUGCUGUCAAUUGGCUGGACGCCCUGCAUCUACUUCCCGCCCCUGCGGAACAUUCCUGCCCGGGCCACGCCCCCGCGGAGCACUCCAAGUCGGACUCUGCCCAUGCGCAGCCAGCUUUCAGAGUGGAGGCGGAUCCAUCUCACCUGCAGGGCAUAGUGCAAGUCUUGCAGGAUUACCAUAGCAUGACGGACUCUGGCAUGUUGCUCCCUGUGGAGUUCAACACCCUUUCAGACUACCUGCACCUCUUGCUGGCAGCUGCUAAAGCGCUCAGUCCCCUAGGAUCAAAUGCAAUGUUCUAUUUAGCAGCAGCAGUAUCUGACUUCUACAUUCCAGCUUCGGAGAUGCCAGAACAUAAAAUCCAAUCGUCCAGUGGGCCACUGCAGAUAACAAUGAAGAUGGUACCAAAGAUGCUAUCACCUCUAGUGAAAGACUGGGCUCCCAAAGCAUUUGUUGUUUCAUUUAAACUAGAGACAGAUACAUUUAUCUUAUUGGAGAGAGCCCAUAAAGCCCUUUCAACGUAUCGGCAUCAGGCAGUUGUAGCGAAUGUCUUAGACACGCUUCGGUCUUCUGUUGUAAUUGUAACUAAUACAGCCGAGACUAAACUCACUGUGUCGAAGGAAGAAGACCGUCUGGGAGUGGAAAUUGAAGAAAAAAUAAUAAGCGAUUUAACGUCACGUCACACUAGUUUUAGAGAAGGACUUAAUUCAAUGAGCUGAACGCUGCUACUCACGCCAUUUAGAUUUAUUAAAGAAUGAGAUACAAUGUAUUCAUACUAAUAAUACUGGUCAAUAUACUAUACUGUCUAAUGAUCUCUAUAUUGAUCUAGACAUGUCGUCUGCUACUUCAAAGCAUGCUUGAUUACUUAUAAUUCCUCUAUCGCCCGCUUAUUUAAUUCUGUUGCAUUUCUAUUUUGUUCCAUAGAUUAAAACCAUAUACUAGUGCCUCGGCUCUUGAGAACACAAUUACACGUUGGCUGCAGUGACAGCAGGGAACAAUAUUCAGCAUAAUAGGACAACGGUUUAUGAUGAUAAAAGAACAAUGUUUAAUUGAAAAUAGGAAUGAUACAUUAAAGAAGCACUAUAGGGUCAGGAACACAAACAUGUAUUCCAUAUCCUAUAGUGCUAAACCCUCCAUUUAGGUGGCUUGCGCCCAUAGGGAAAGCAUUGUAUUGGCUGAAAUCGGAAAGGGGGCGGGGCGAAAUGACAUUUUAGCCAAUCAGACGCUGAACGGCAGUGCUGCCUACUGUGCAGCCCUGAGCCAGGAAGCACCUCCAGUGGCCACUUGGAGGUGUCCCUAGGGGCAAUUUAAACAUUACCUUUUCUCUGAAAAGGCAGUGUUUGCAUGAAAAUGCCUACAGGGUAUGAUUAUACUCACCAGAACAACUAUAUUAAGCUGUAGUUGUUCUGGUCACUAUAGUGUCCCUUUAAAUCAGGGAAUUAAUCUUUAGUUGUGGAAUACAGGAGACUGGCAUGUAUAAUAAUGAUUCAUGUAUAUUUAGGUAGAAGUAAAAUUAUAGAAAUACCUAAAAUACAAAACAGGGAUGUCCAACAGGUAGAUCCCCAGCUGCUGUUUACUAAAACUUGCAUGAUGAUUUUAUAGCAGUUUUAUUCCUGUGGAUUCUGAAGGCUCGCCCUAAUGUUAC